AUGACGUGUGCAGAAUCUGCUUUCACAACUUUAUUUCACAUUUCCCCCUUUUCAGAUACCCCUGGACAUGGCAGUGGCUGGGCUGAAACUCCACGGACAGAUCGGGGAGGUGACUCCAUUGGUGAAACACCUACUCCAGCAACAAGCAAAAGGAAGUCCCGUUGGGAUGAGACACCAUCAAGUCAGAUGGGUGGUAGCACACCAGUACUUACCCCUGGUAAAACACCAAUUGGUACACCAGCCAUGAACAUGGCCACACCCACUCCAGGUCAUUUAAUGAGUAUGACACCAGAGCAGCUUCAGGCCUGGCGUUGGGAGAGAGAAAUUGAUGAAAGAAACAGGCCCCUUUCUGAUGAAGAAUUGGAUGCCAUGUUUCCAGAAGGAUACAAGGUUCUUCCGCCUCCAGCUGGUUAUGUCCCAAUUCGCACACCGGCCCGUAAAUUGACAGCAACUCCAACACCCUUGGGAGGCAUGACCGGGUUUACCAUGCAGACUGAGGACAGAACCUUAAAGAGCGUCAAUGACCAACCUUCAGGCAAUUUACCGUUUCUUAAACCUGAUGACAUUCAGUAUUUUGAUAAAUUGCUGGUUGAUGUUGAUGAAUCAACACUGAGCCCUGAAGAGCAGAAGGAGAGAAAAAUCAUGAAAUUGUUGCUCAAGAUAAAGAAUGGUACACCACCUAUGCGAAAGGCUGCCCUACGCCAGAUUACAGAUAAAGCCCGUGAGUUUGGUGCAGGACCUUUGUUCAACCAGAUCCUUCCUCUUCUGAUGUCACCAACCCUUGAAGAUCAGGAGCGUCACUUGCUUGUUAAAGUUAUCGACAGGAUUCUGUACAAGUUAGAUGACUUAGUUCGACCAUAUGUACAUAAGAUUCUUGUCGUUAUUGAGCCGCUGCUGAUCGAUGAAGACUACUAUGCUAGAGUGGAAGGAAGAGAAAUUAUUUCCAACUUGGCUAAGGCUGCUGGUUUGGCCACUAUGAUUUCCACUAUGCGUCCUGAUAUUGAUAACAUGGAUGAGUAUGUCCGUAACACAACUGCUCGAGCCUUUGCUGUUGUCGCCUCUGCAUUGGGUAUCCCUUCACUGCUGCCAUUCUUGAAGGCUGUGUGUAAGAGCAAGAAGUCCUGGCAGGCUAGGCACACUGGUAUCAAAAUUGUGCAGCAGAUAGCUAUUCUCAUGGGUUGUGCUAUUUUGCCUCAUCUGAGAAGUUUAGUUGAGAUUAUCGAGCAUGGUUUGGUUGAUGAACAACAGAAAGUACGGACCAUCAGUGCUUUGGCUAUUGCUGCAUUGGCUGAGGCUGCCACUCCAUAUGGUAUUGAAUCUUUUGACUCUGUUCUUAAGCCUUUGUGGAAGGGUAUCCGACAGCACAGAGGAAAAGGUCUGGCUGCCUUCUUGAAAGCUAUUGGUUACCUUAUCCCUCUUAUGGAUGCUGAAUAUGCAAACUACUAUACCAGAGAAGUGAUGCUGAUUCUGAUCAGAGAGUUCCAGUCUCCUGAUGAAGAAAUGAAGAAGAUUGUACUGAAGGUGGUGAAGCAAUGCUGUGGCACAGAUGGUGUGGAAGCAAAUUACAUUAAAACAGAAAUCCUUCCUGCCUUCUUCAAGCACUUUUGGCAACACAGAAUGGCCCUUGACAGAAGGAACUAUAGACAGUUAGUUGACACUACUGUAGAGUUGGCAAACAAAGUUGGAGCAGCUGAAAUCAUUUCCCGAAUUGUAGAUGACCUAAAGGAUGAAGCAGAACAGUACCGUAAAAUGGUGAUGGAGACUAUUGAAAAAAUAAUGGGUAACCUUGGAGCAGCAGAUAUAGAUCACAAGCUGGAAGAACAGCUUAUUGAUGGUAUUCUGUAUGCAUUUCAGGAACAAACUACAGAGGACUCUGUUAUGUUGAAUGGCUUUGGCACAGUUGUCAAUGCACUUGGCAAACGGGUAAAACCUUACUUGCCUCAGAUCUGUGGUACAGUUUUGUGGCGUUUGAAUAAUAAAUCUGCAAAAGUCAGACAGCAAGCUGCAGACUUGAUUUCCCGAACAGCAGUUGUAAUGAAGACCUGUCAGGAGGAAAAACUGAUGGGGCACUUGGGCGUUGUGUUGUAUGAGUACUUGGGUGAAGAAUAUCCUGAAGUACUGGGAAGCAUUCUAGGAGCACUUAAAGCAAUUGUGAAUGUAAUAGGAAUGCACAAAAUGACACCACCAAUAAAGGACCUUCUCCCUAGGCUCACACCAAUCUUAAAGAACAGGCAUGAAAAAGUACAGGAAAACUGUAUUGACUUGGUGGGACGUAUUGCAGACAGAGGUGCUGAGUACGUGUCAGCAAGAGAAUGGAUGCGUAUCUGCUUUGAGCUUCUUGAAUUACUGAAGGCACACAAAAAAGCCAUCAGAAGAGCAACAGUAAAUACUUUUGGUUACAUUGCCAAAGCUAUUGGGCCUCAUGAUGUUCUGGCCACACUACUAAACAACCUCAAAGUGCAAGAAAGGCAGAACAGAGUGUGCACUACAGUUGCUAUAGCUAUAGUAGCUGAAACAUGUUCACCAUUCACUGUUCUUCCUGCUCUAAUGAACGAGUACAGAGUUCCUGAACUGAAUGUGCAAAAUGGGGUAUUGAAAUCUCUCUCUUUCCUCUUCGAGUACAUUGGUGAAAUGGGAAAAGACUACAUUUAUGCAGUAACACCGCUGCUUGAAGAUGCUUUAAUGGACAGAGAUUUGGUUCACCGACAGACCGCCAGUGCAGUGGUACAGCAUAUGUCACUUGGCGUGUACGGGUUUGGCUGUGAAGACGCUCUAAACCACUUAUUGAACUAUGUGUGGCCCAAUGUAUUUGAGACUUCGCCUCAUGUUAUUCAGGCAGUUAUGGGAUCACUCGAAGGACUGCGUGUUGCUCUUGGACCAUGCCGAAUGUUACAGUACUGUCUCCAGGGAUUAUUUCAUCCAGCCAGGAAAGUGAGAGACGUAUAUUGGAAGAUCUACAAUUCCAUCUACAUUGGAUCACAGGAUGCACUUAUUGCACAUUAUCCCCGAAUUUAUAAUGAUGAAAGGAACACUUACAUCCGCUAUGAACUUGACUACAUUUUGUAGUCCAGUAUUUUAUUUUUAUUUUUUUUUUUUUUUAAUUUAAUGUUAUGUUUUUGUGGUGAUUUCAUUCAUUCCUUGUGUAAGAUGUUUGUUGGAAAAUAAACAUUUGUAUAUAAAAUGUAUAAAAUGUGA